AUGCUCUCCUUCCUAGCACGCCGCGUCCCCAGGACCACCAUCUCGCACCUGGACAGGAUAACCCUCGACGGCGGCCGCUCCGCGGCAGAGUUCAAGCCGCCGGCCGACCGCUACCUCGUGGCCAACCGCCUGCCGCCCGCAGCCUCGGCCCAGGAGGCCGCGCGCCUGGGCCUACCUCACAGGGGCGCCAGCUCGUCGCUCGCGCCGCCGCCGCACCGCCACCCCUGGCAGGACGAGACCUUCCACGUCGUGAGCGGGACGGCAAAGUUCACCCUGGGCCGCGGGCGCGGCGGGACGGAGCGGCUCGCCGGGGCCGGGGAGGUCGUUGUGAUCCCUCGGCGGGCGGCCCACACCUUUUGUAAUGCGAGUGAGGAGGAGGACCUGGUCGUGGAGUUCGUGCUGGACCCUGCGUCCCGGGACGCGGAUGAGGCUUAUUUCCGUAACGUCUGGGGGUACCGAGAUGACUGCCGCAGGGCCGGCGUGAAGCGGAGCCUCUUACAGGCCCUGUUGUUCAUGCACCGUGGCGGCGUGGUGAUGGCUCUUCCCGGGCCCGACGGCAUCUCCAGGGCUUUAGGUUUGCUGCUGAACUACGUUGGCGGGGUGUUAAUUGGCAAGUGGCUGCUUGGCUACUCAGCCUGCUACCCUGAGUACCAUCACCCAAGCUCCCGUUGA